UUCUUGUCAGGGUACACACCAAAUGUAUCGAACCCGCGUUUCUUUCUACUGACAAAAUUUGCAGAAGAAUCGAUAGAUUUUCGAUAGACUCUCUUUGCCGUCUGAUAAUCAGAUAAUAAGGCACACGAUGUAUCGCACACGAUUCCAAGGAUCGCGCCGGGCCCGGCACGAGUUUCCUUGACGUAUUUACUGUUACAGGACGUGGCGCGGACGCUGUGUUUGUCGUGCUCGGCGCGUUUCUUCGCCGUUCAGUGUCGUGAACGGUAAGGACUCGGUUACAGGUGUAACCGUCGCGCCGGUGUGAUCUCUCUCGUCGCUCUCCUAUCUGGAUCCACUGAAUUGUGAUCUACGGCGAAAGAGAAGUUGGCGAUGGUCUCCUGAAGAAAAAAGAAAAAAAAAAAAAGAAACGAACUUGGAAAGCGAGCCGUGGCGUUCGCCGUGUCGAGCCGAAUUCUCGCUUUUGCGAAAAUGGAACAGGAAAGGAGACAGCGUUCGCGAGACCCGGGCGAAAUCGCGUUUGCGUAACGCGAGAGGCUGCCUCCGCUCUGCGUGCGUCCUCCUGUUAUAUAAAUUUCAUAAAUUAUCAAAAUCGUCGCAAAUUAGCGUCGUAGCGAUAAAACAGCCGAGCCACGCGAGGCAUAUGCGCGUCCCACCUUCGUCGUAUCACCUUCGAGAGAUAUUGAAUUGUCCGACUCCGUGAACGGCCCGAGCGGUCAGUACCAGAGAGAGGUACCGACGUGUGACACAGCUGAUAUAUUCGAGUUCGAGUUUAAAACGGCGAGGCGAGGCUCUCCCGAUCUCGGAUCUGGCGAAAUCGGAGCGGCGUCAUCGGCGUUUCCACCGGCACGACGAAAACUCGCACGUCCCUUGCGGGGAACGGAGGACGUGGAGAACGAUGCGCCGCGCGUUCCGCGUCCCGGAAAAAGAAAAGGCGAGAGACACGAGACGGCAUUCCCAUACGCCGGUGCGUGCGCGCGGGACACGCGCCAUCGGCGUAAAUAUUGAACAAGUGACGUAAUAUUAGUUGUACGAGGCAUGAUAAUAAGCGGGGACGUCGUUACCCGUCGCCGCGCCCCGCGAUCAGAUAGCGCACGAAAUUGUUCCCCGUUUCGAGGUCGACGUACCGCUCGUGCGUCUACCGCGGAGGAUCCUGAUAAAAGAUUCAGUUCGGAUUCAUCGUCGUUGCCGGCUUGCUGUCGCAUUCCCCAAUCCCCGCUGGGCGGAAACGCUCGAAAUGGAGGCGAUCUUGUAGGAAGCGAAGAUUUAAGCCGUUACCUCCGUCAGUGCUCACUCGGUUUUCUGUGGACAGCAUUCCUGACUGGCGUAGCUGGAAAUUCUCGUGAGAAAUUUUUGGCGGAGCAUAGACAGGAGCAGCUAAAGAAGGCGACGGACAGAAUACAAAGAGAGAUUGAAGAAGUCACCGAAAGGGAACACGAAUUGCGGAAUGUGGGUAGCAUUAAAACUACAUCUCACGAGACCGUGGAUUCCAAGGUGCGUCGUAUGCCGCAAGCUCUAGUCUCGGGCAAGUUGAAGAGGACGACGUCCACGCCACAAAUACUAGAAGCAGUCAGCCUCUCGCCGCUGUCACCAAACUUGACGCCAAAGAUGACGAAUGGCGUGAUAUUUACACGCACAACGCCACAACCGCUGCGUUUUGCAAAUACGCCAAGUCAAAAGGGUCUAAUGCAUAGAUUUUUGGCUACGCGCGGAAAACUCUAUAAAAACAAAUUGUCGAACAACGACAAUUUGAGCCCUUCCGUAACGCCUAUCAUCACGCUCAAUCCUCUGAGUAUCAAGGCUUUCAACAGAACACUGGAGAUACCAUUGGAGCCGGAUGACGAGCCAAAAAAGCCACUGUCAAGAAAAGGAUAUAUUCCUGUCGAGCAGAAGAUUCAAAAGGAAUUGCAUGACAUGAGAGAACGAGAAAACGAAUUAAGAUUGAUGAGAUCGCAAAUGUUGGCAAAAUCUCAGCCAAAUCUACUCGAUAUAGAAAAUGAUAAUGAUUCCGAUAUUUACGAUGGCUCUAGUUCCCUUAGAAGUGGUGCUUCCACUAAUACUUUAAAUGAGGAUGAAAUUGAGAGAGAACAUAAGGGAAAACAUAAGCCUAAUCCACGACGUCGUAAUACACUCAUUGCGCAAUGGGAGAAUUUGAUAGCUGCCAAGAGAUCUAUGGAAAAUAACAACGAAAAAGAUAGCUAUUUUUGAAAGUUUUAUGAAUUUAAAAUAGCAGUUUGCAGAUAUCAACUCUAGCCUCAUCUUUAUAUUGUCAUUAUUUGUUUAAAUCAUUGAUUGUAAAUCAAUAAUAUUUAUUAAUAUUACAGUAAACGACUGUUUAUAUUGUAAUAAAAUUUUGCUCCAUCUUUCUUAAAGUAUAUAAAUGCAUGGAUAUUUUCUUGUUUUUGUUAUAUAGUUUAUUUACAAAUUAAUGAUUUUUUUAUGUUUGAAAAUUAUAAAUAUACUAUAUUACGGCGGCAUUUUCAAUAUUAAUUUUGCUGACUAAAUAUUAAAAUGCAUCUUCUUAUGAACUUGAAGAAUCUUUUUGAGAAAGUAAGUAGGGCAUAUUUUGUUUCGUUGUAAAUUGUAAUAGAAAUGUAAUACGUAAAAUAUC